AUGACCAUGAAAGCAGGAUCAGGCUCAGCACACAGGCUGAGCAAACAUUUUUGGAAGAAGUUGUGUAUUCUUUGUGAAAAGGGACAAAAGUGUGAGAGAGCAUCGCACCUCUCAUGGGGUUUGGCGUAUGAUGACGACAUCACACUAACAACUUGGAAUGGCACCAUUUUUGGACCAAUUGACACCGCCUAUGAUAACCGCAUUUACUCCCUGGUGAUUGUGACCGGGCCUAGCUAUCCUGAUGUUCUGCCUGAAGUUCGCUUCACGGCGGGCAUCAAUAUGAAUUGCGUGGAGCCCGACGGACAGGUGAAACCCACAUGGGGAGUCCUAGGCAAUUGGAAGCGAGAGUACACUAUUGAGACGGUCUUAGAUGCACUUCGACGCGAGAUGUGCAGCCCCAACAAUCGCCAUUUGGCACAGCCUGAUACUGCGCCACCGGCGGGAAAUAGCUAG